AUGGACCAAGUAAUGCAAUUUGUGGAGCCCAGCCGGCAGUUUGUGAAGGACUCUAUAAGGCUUGUGAAGAGGUGUACCAAGCCAGACAGAAAAGGUCAUCUAUUUUAUAUCAUAGUUAUUUAUCCUUAUUACGAAUGGCCCCCUUAUGGCUGGCUGUUUGGCUGUUGUAAAUGGUCAACGUUUUCUUAGACAAAACACGGUACCCUUAUACAGUAAAUAAAAUGAAAUGUAUUGCCUUUAAGGAAUUCUCACAAGCCUCCCUCCCUAGCAUGAUGUCAUUAUAGGUGCAUAGAACUGACUGGGCAUAUAUUUCUUUGCUGAAUACCAACUAUCCAUCACUUAGUUCAUGUAUUUUCAGGUAGAGAUACCUCAUGAAGCAACUGCACUCUAUCCCUCUCGUUCGCGCAUUCUUCUCCUCUCGUGUCUCUCUCUCCAUGUCUUCCCCACACAAACCUAACAUAGCAGGCAAAGAAACACAGACCGGACAAGUAGGCAAGCAAUGGAUUAUCGUCAUUGUAGUUAAUUACCACGUUUUCUUCACAAAACUAUGUAGAAUAUUGGCCUGUUGUGAACUACAACUCACUACUACAUACAUCACAUCUAGCCAGGGCUGUGUGAUCUCUAGAGAAACUGCUCAAUGUGCGCAUUAAGCACACAGAAAUAAAAUGAACAAAAUGGAAUUCAAAUAAUGUUACUGAUGUCGGUCAAUUAGCUAAAAAAUAACCAACAUUUUGGUUAAUCGCUUUGCACUAACAGAAGGUAGCAUACAACAUUGUUUUACAAUAACAAUAUUGUACAUGUAUUGAUCAAUGAUUUGUUAGCCUCUGGUUGACCUAACUUUGUAAGGUGGCAGCUAACUGAAUUUGGUCAUGUAAAAUCUGAUUAAACUUUGUUCUUUUUAAUUUCAGAAUUCUCAAAGAUUGCAAUGGCCACAGCGAUAGGUUUUGCUAUCAUGGGCUUCAUUGGUUUCUUUGUCAAACUCAUCCACAUCCCCAUCAACAACAUCAUUGUGUAA